AUACUGUGUAGACAAACAACAUGUGCGAGAUGGAGUUGGGAGCGACCUUCAAAGUUGAUUAACGUUAGAAGAAAUACUUAAAGCCACGACCACAGGAUGUGACAGCUCAGUAACGAUGUCGAAAUACGUGAAAGUAGACCAACAUGUACGUGAUAGUGUCAACAGUGAAGCCGAUUCAGUUGAAGAUGAUUUUUUGAUUGGUGUCCAUCUAUGUAACAAGGAACGUUCACCAGGGACUAUUCCGUAUGCAGGGGCUCAUACAAGGAAGGUCACAAAUGCUGGACAGCCUGAUGGUGUAUGUCUUGGAAUAUUAAUCACAAAGCCCUCAGAACUUACAAGCAUUGCACGCCUUCGUACCCUGAUAUGUAACCAAAUCAGCCCUCUGCCUGUGGCAUUCAAGUUCCAAACAAAACAAGGAUGGCCAGUAUUGCGGAAUCAAGAGGCAGAUAUUGCAGCAAAGAAGGUUAUAUCCCAAAGAAAUACUGUGGUCAUAGAAAGGUGCUUUGCCAAGCCAAGGAUAGGUAUACAGAUGUUAAAUGGCUACUCAUUAGGAUUUGUAUUUAUUGAUUUAAAGAGCAGCCUAAGAUGUUUGAGGCUUGAAAUGUCAGCACAGAUGGAAGGUUUUCAAAACAUCCAGUUUUUAGAUGGGAAUGGCUGGCCAAUUACUCUACAGCAGGAAAACCAGCUAAAUGUGCUUGAUAUUCUUACUGAUUCUCAUAUCACUGUCCGUCAGCAGAGAUCCCUGGAAUCGAUGCUUAGUAAUUGUUCAGAGGAGAGCAGUUCAUACCAAUACUUGCUUGAUGUCCCCUUAAAAAAGAAAAAGAAAGGGUUUAGUUCAAGCAUGGAAGGUUUUCAAAACAUCCAGUUUUUAGAUGGGAAUGGCUGGCCAAUUACUCUACAGCAGGAAAACCAGCUAAAUGUGCUUGAUAUUCUUACUGAUUCUCAUAUCACUGUCCAUCAGCAGAGAUCCCUGGAAUCGAUGCUUAGUAAUUGUUCAGAGGAGAGCAGUUCAUACCAAUACUUGCUUGAUGUCCCCUUAAAAAAGAAAAAGAAAGGACAAAAGAUGACAAACCAGUUGACCUAUCAGAACAGCAAAGAUGAAGCUCGUCGCGUCUGUGAUAUCGACCACAUGGAUGGAAAUGCAUCUGUAGCAUCCAAACAAGUCCUAAUAAGUUAUGUGCGUGCUGAGGCUGCACAGCAUGCACUACAGCUGAAGGCUGAACUUACAAAGUUUGACUAUAGUGUAUUUUUGGAUGUUCAUGAAAUAAAGUUUGGAGUGGAUUGGCAGGACUCCCUAAAUGAUGCUGUCAGUAAUUGUGAGGUCUUUAUCCCACUUAUUACACCUAGGUAUGGGGAGACCCAGUGGACUAACAGAGAGGUGAAGCUAGCAGAUGUUUUGGGUAAACUGAUAAUACCUGUGUCUUUUCUGGAUAUGUGGCCUCCCAAGUGCCUUGCCAUACAGUUUGCCUCUACACAGUUCAUUUCUUGGAAACCAAAGGAUAUUAUAGAAAAGGAAUUAAGGAGUGGAGAACUACCAGAGAAUGUGUAUAACAUCAACAUAUGGGAUGAGGACUAUGUCAAAAAGGCUGCCUCUGACAUUGGAGAGUUGAUAGAAAACUAUAUGAACAAGCAAGGAGAUGCAGUAGAUGGACCUGGAAUUAAGAAGGCAACUCCUACAAGUCUGAAGAGCUACCCAUCCAAGCUUCCAAACUUGAAUCUUGACUUGAGCCUGGUGAAUGCUCCUCGUGAAGGCAAACCACUCGUUGUAAUUUGUGUACACCCAGAACAGAUAACAUUUGGAAACUAUUUAAAAGGUCUACUUUUAAGUGAAGGCUAUGAAGCUUGGUGCUCUUUUGAAGUGUUGAAGGAAGUAGGCUGCACAAGUCUUACUGAAGUUGGAACCAUUUCUUCUCUCAGUACAGAUGGAGCAGACAUUUGCAAUGUAGAAGGUGAGCUGUCUGAGUCUGUCUCUCAAUUUAAUAGCUCUUAUACUCCAAAAAGCAUGGAAAAAAGAAUACAAUUUCAAGGCAAAGCUGAUGAAGCAGGAGUUGUCAUUUUCGUAUUGUCAAAGGCCUUCUCACAGUCUAAGAUGUGCCAGCAACAGGUGUACUAUUGUGAGCAUCGCAAGAGAUUCAUUCCAUUGAAGUAUGAAGAUUUUGCCAUGCCGUACUGGAUGAGCAUGCUCAUUGGAACAAGUACUUUUCUGUUUCUGCAAUAUCCAUUUGUAAAGGAUUCACAGAGAGAGUGUUUUGAGAAGUCUGUCAUCUCCCAAGUGAACAGCUGCUUGUUUCCAAAGUCAGGCAACCCAUCUCCAACAGAAAUGCAUGACAAACAGUUGUCAAAAGAAGUUAGUUCACUUACAGAAAGUUUACCAAAGCAUGGAAGUGUCUAUAUAGCAGGAGGAACACACUUUUACCAUAAGGAUUCAGAGGCCAUAUGCAAGUCAGUUGGAAAACACCUUGCUCGCAACCCAGAUGUAACAGUUGUAACUGGGGGAUUCUUUGGGAUUGGUGAAACUGUUGCACAAAGCUUUGAAGAUGAACGUAAAGCUCUCAAUGGGAAAUCAGGAGUAGUACAUGUUCUUCCUUUUCAGGAUAAAGAUGACCACAGCACCAGAGGAAGGCAGAGAGCAGACAAAACAUUUCAGCCUCCCCCGUUUGGAAAGAGUGUGUUUGUUGGGAAUAGUAUAAGAGAUAGGGAAAUCAUUGUGGCAAGAGCAAUUGAUAUUUGUAUUUUGAUAGAAGGUGGCCCUGGUGCAGCCCAUGAGGCAGAAGAGUUUGCAUGGAAUGAUCACAUAGUUGUACCAGUUAAGGUUACUGGAGGUGCAGCAGGAGGAAAAUUCAAUGUGCCACAGAAAAUAUUUAAGGUCCCACAGAGUGUGUCAUUAGCUGACUGGUCAGUUCUGAGCAACAAUUCCUCCAGCCCUGAAGAAAUUGGGAAAGCAGUGGCCAGUGUGGUCAACACUUUGAUAUCAAGCAGGCCUGGACCUAGUCCACCCCCUGUCAAAGUUAAACCAUGUAAAUCCCCACUGACUCUCCCUCAAACUAACAGCACACCUCCAUCACCAACUUACACUAGGAAACGGAAGAGAAGUAUUGCUACUUUGAGAAUAAUGGUAGACAGUGAUGAUAAACAAUCAUGAUUGUUGCAUAUUGCUGUAAUUGUGUUCAUUAAAAUAUUGCUACCUAGGUUCCAUGUUUGAAACAUCAUUCAAGACGCAUGGAUAAAACAGUGUGUGCAAAAACUACAGUUAGUUUGAUUUUGCCAAUAAGUGCAAUCAUUUCAGCCAUAUUAGUUUUUUUUCAGCAAAUCAGUGGGUAUUUGUCUGAAGAAUUAAAUUACUUACAGCCUUUUAAAAUAUGAUUUAUUCAUUUCCAAUCCAAAGUGUUAUAUUCUUGCAUGAUAAACACAUACUGGAAACUGAGCACUUCCUAUUUUUCUUCAUUAUUUACAGCCUACUUUUUUAUCUUAUUUUUGUGAUUGUUUUAAAAAUCAUGCCACCAAUUAACUUGAAAAUAUUAUAAAAUUUUGGAAUAUUUAUGGAAAACAACUUAUUAAAGCAAACUUAUAUUCAUCCUUCUUUGUAUAUAAUUAUUUGUAUUUUUCACUGUGAAAACUGUUAUAAAGUUUAACCUGCUCAUUCUGAAGCAUUGUUAAGUGAACACUUGUCCUGUUAUCAUGGGGUGUUUACUGUCAGUUAGUUUGUUAUACAGAAUUAUAAAAUCAUUCAAAAGAAGUAUUUUCAUAUAACAAAUUUGUGAUACCAAGUAUGAAGUAUGGUGACAAUUUAUAUCAACAUCUUACUUAAAGGGACAAAGCAUAAGAUAUAAAGAUAUAAAGAUUAUUAUCUUAGGGUGUAUUUCCAGAGAUUUAGAUCGAUCCAGAAAUUAAGAUUUAG